CACUCACUCCUGUCGCUCGCUCGCUCGCACGCACAUGAAAUCACUGCCGUCCGAAUCAACUGCUAACGACUUGCCGGAAAUAGAGGAGGAGGACGCCGGGCUGCGAACACCACCCAUUCCUCCUCUGAGCUCACCAGAUGGCCCCUCCGCUGGCCCAUCGAAUCUUCCCUUGUCCUCCAUCGAUUCGGAGCCAGUGCCAGUCCAUUUCACCCUCCUGCAGCCUGACUGGCCUCGGUGGCUCUCCUCUCGGAUCCAUUCUGCUUUUCAGUGGCAAUGCUGCGAAUUUGUCGAGGGGCACAAUGCGCUGAGCCGGGUCAAGGCUGAAAAGGGUGAGCAUGGGCCUAAGGAGGGCGAGUCGACGACAACGACGGCGAGCAAAAAGCGAAGACGGACGUCUCGGCCCUCUGUCACUCGAUUUAUCUGGCGGCAGAAGUGGAUCUGCGUGCACUCGCGAUCGGCGGCGGCGUCGAUUAGGACAGAGGAAGCGGUGCAGGCAACAUGCCCUGCCCGGUUCGAGGCGAUCCUCGGCGGCGAGGGUCAAGACGAGGUCCAUGUCGUCUGGGCCUUCGACCACGCCAACCACCCGGCCGACGAACAAGUGCCACUGGCCCUAGCCAUCGAGGAAGGGAAAGCCAUUGCACAGGCCGAGGCGGCUGCGUGCAGUAUGGACAGGUUGGCAGCACUACCUGCAGAGAAAGGCGGCGGAGAAGGCAACAACGAUGGGAUAAAGGACGGGUCAGAUCGGUCGUCUGAGCGCACACGAAUCCCUAUGCCGCUGAGAGACUACAUGCGCAACGCAAUCCGAAGGGGCGAAACAUUUGCAGCGUUUCAGGAUGAUCUCGCGAAAGGCGGACUCGCCUGCAUUGGCUACCUGGGCUGGGAAGCCCGGCUCAGCCGAGGCGAUUUCCACAAUGCUGUCCAGGCCGUGAGGUCCAAGCGCAAGGAGCAGGGAAUCGACGUGACGCUCAAAGAGGCCGAGGCAGGCAUGGACCUCAAGUCGAGAAUCAAAGCAGAUUGGCCCGCGCAGGUGCAGCCGCCCGUGGAGCUGCUCCAACGGAGCAUUGCCCUUGUCAAGGCCGUCAGCGCGGGUCAGAAGCUCGACGACGGUGAACUUGGCAGGAAACGUAAGACGGAGAAACGGCCAACAAGGCUGCAAAAUCUCACAAAGCUCUGCGACGAGCUCGACGGCUGCAACGAACUGUUCCAGGCCGUAGUGCAACGGUACGAGGAGGCGCCCUCCGGCGACGCCAGGUUUGCAAAGUACAGGGCCGCAGAGGCACGGGCAACAGAGACGCUCAGCGACCUCAUCGAGACCGUUGUCACCUUUCGUGAAAAGCUCAAGGAGGCCCUGCUCAAGAAACAGCAAGACGAGGAGCAUGGGUCAGGCAGCGCAGAAGCCUCGUCUCCUCUGCCACAUCCACACGCAUAUUCACAUCACAAUGGAAAUCGCUCACCACUAGCAUCCACGAUCCCUCAUGUAGCUCCACAAUAA